AUGGUAAUUUUAGUAAAAGGGAGCCUCUUGUUGAAACGGGUUCCCGUUGAAACAUUGGUAGCUUUAUGUCAUCUGUGCCAUCAUGUUGUCGGCGUUUCUAAUAGUCUACAAUGUAUUGAAAGAGCCACAGAUUUUUACAAGAAGAUUACAAACACCACAACAUGUUUAUCCAGUUUUGAAAAAAAAGUUUCUUUGAGUAAUAUCACAGAAUGUUCCGAAGACUGUGUUGUAAAAGAAACAUCGAGGGAGGAUAACUAUAUCAGAAUACACAUCAAAUACGACACUGAUAUUAUUUUAAAGUUAGAAAGCAAGAAGAAUUAUGACUGUGGAUACAGUUCUAAAAAUAUGUAUAUCGAAUGCACCAUAAAUAAAAGAAAACAAGAAUGGUUAGAAACAUGUAUAACUGGUCAAUGUAUCAACAGUCUGAACAAAAGAACAAUUCAGUCAAAGCAAGUAAAUGGAACAGAUAUCGUUACUGAAGCCUUUCAAACCCUUUCAGAUGCCGAUCGUCCCUUAUCAGACCCACUCAUCUUUUCUGCUGUGAUUUCAGGAUCUAUUAUUCUCAGUGCCGUCAUUACAGGAAUGGGAUGCUUACUGUUGAUGACAAGAAAAAGAAAGACAUUUACCUCUAAAUAAUGUUCUCCAAUAUUAUGCAUUAUAUGAUGAUCAUAGAUCAAUCAACCAUCUUUGAUUCAAAUUCAAUCAAAGUCCAAUGUGUAGAAUUGAGCAUGUGGCCUAUAUUGUAUCUUGGGA